GUACAAUAAUGGUAAGUGAAACUCGAUGGAACGACAACUUGCAGAUUACCGCGCACGAAAAUUCAAAGAACACUCGAGUAGCUCAUCCUGGGCAGCAGAUUCCUCUCGCUUUAUUACGUCCAUAUUUAAGAGAAACCCACAAACUUCUCAGAGUGACGGAAAAGACACUGCAAGUGACAGCAAUCAGUCAGCUGACAGCCUGAAACUUGUGAUCAGUGACAGUGGUGAGAUCAGUCAACAGUCGAGCAGUCGGCUGAUCACUACAGAGCGAGUUCUCAAGGUUGUGCUCUGGUUUGUGUUGUGGGCGAUUUUCCUUGAACUCCAGUUCGGAGCUGUGUAUUUCGUUGUGUCGCUACUAUUCAUUAUCUACCGGACCACGAGGACAGGUCCCAAAAAGACUGGAGACCUCAGUGCAUACUCAGUCUUCAAUCCUAACUGUGAGCGAAUUGAUGGCACAUUCACAGCCGAACAGUUUGAGAAAGAACUAAGAUUCGGUGCUUUAUCAGUGCAUUAACAAACUGUAGAGUUUAUCAAGACAAACUGUUGAUAGUAGUGAUAGUAUAAGGAGUGAUAGUGGUGAUAAUAUAAGCGAUGAUAGUGAUGAUUCCGCAGUACAGGAAGGCGAGUGUUCGCCGCAGCAUGAAGCGUCACCUGCGGCGCGGCACCACACUGAAGACGUCGCGACUAGACGUGCUGCUGUGGCUCGACUAUCUGGCGUUCGUGCACCGACUGGCUGUGGAGGUGGACCGGGCGGCCGCCGCGGACAAGAGUCGAACCGUGACUGCUGCACACGUGAAGCAGGUCGCCAGACAAGUCUUACAGAGCUGUAAGGGAUGAACGCUUGUCUGGCUAAACAGUCUUAUGUUAAACUUACAACUAAAUGUUUGAUAUGCUCCAGAUAUGGUGCACAUUCCAUUUAUCUGUAAUCCGUGUGUGUAUGUGUAGAUGCAAUCUGCAAUGCGUAAUCCGUAAUAAUCACUAUGUAAAUAGGUUGAAUGGAUUCUAUUUAUGCGUCUGCAUUUUAAUGCAUUAUGGAUCACAUACCGUAUAUAUAUAUAUAUCGAUUACAGACAAAUGGAAUUUGCAUCCAACUCCUUUUUUAAAUAUUUUCAAUUUUAAAAGAAUUUUCUCCAUCUGUCUAAUUUUUAGUAUGGUGAAAGAUAAUGGGCCACAUUUAUGCAGACCGAUUUUCUUAAAUGCAUGUUUUUUAAGCAGUGAAAAUGUAUGUCGUUAAAUUUAAAUGCAACACAAAAAUAGGAUUAGUAAAUUCAGCCCAUUAGUUUUUAGGAUGACACAUGGUUUUGGAUAACUUUUAACAACUUGUACUACUUUUUAUUAUUUGGGGUUUAGAGCUUUUGAUAUGUACUACAAUAAAUUAUAUAUUUAAAUAAUUUUUCUUAUGAUUGAUUUGUGUUUUGGAAGCUGUUGACAAAUAUCCAUUACAAUUCUUCUCAACCAGUUGUUUUUCUAUUCUCCUUCAUAAAGGUUCUGCCGUAUUACCUAUCUGUUGUGUAUAUGCUGAUGGCCUUCACACACAAAUGAAUACACUAUCUUACAUUCUAUUUAAAGUUGUAUAAUGAUGGCCUCCCACCAAAAUAAAAGUUUGCUUGAAAAUAUAAACGUUAUAUGUGCCCAUAAAAAUUGCAAAAUAAUUUAAGUUUAGGGAAUAUUUUGUUUUUGGGUAAAGAUCUCUGAAAGUUGCAUAGCAAAAUGUUCCCUGAAGUUACUAGUGGGAAAAAAGAAUAUUACGGGAGAAUCUUUAGACCAUCAGUGGAAUUGGGAGUGUCCAUUUGAGACAAACACUUUGUACUGAUUUUGUGGAUUCUCCGAUUUGAUAAAAAUUAAAUAUGUAACAUAGUUGUAAUGAACACAAGUUUUCUGGCAUGCAAGUACAUUCCAGUUUGGAUAUUACAGAACAGUGGCGUAGCCGGGGGAGGAGGGGCAGGGGGCCGUGGCUCCCCCCAAUCCCGGGAAUGUUUUACCUUUUUGCUUAUUAAUAACAAUAAAAAGGUUCCUGUGUCAUAUCCCACUACACAGGUGCCGCCCCCCCCCCCUACAAAAUCCUGUCUACGCCACUGUUAAGAAUUAUUAGUUUGUAUUUAUUGGUGGAAUAUGACACUGUAAUUUUUAAGUAGUACCUUUAAUUUGUUUGGUUUACUCAUCUUUUUGAACAGCUACUAGCAAUACAUUGUGUUACUAACCAACCUCUGAGAGGUGGUGCAUUUUGUGAUGCAAGCUGUAACAUGACCAAUAGAUUCAAAUACUACUAAAAACGGUGUAUUUUGUUUUAUUUCACCCAUGCCUUAUCAUUUAUGUAUAUUUUUCUGACAAAAUUUGUUUUUAGAAAGUUAAUAUGGUUUUAUCUGAGAAGGAUGACAAUGUUAUACAUUCAACGUUGAAUAAAUUUUAAACGAG